AUGAGGACAACGACAUUUUUAUCACUCCCUCAUGCGGUUCUUAUUAUCCAAGACCUGCCAGAUUUUGGUAAGGAUAUUGGUGAAUUGCUAGAACAAGUACCAACAAAUAGCAGAGAUAGCUCGGUUCCUCAGUGUGAGUGGCGUUGGAGAGAAAUGUGCGAGUUUCGAAGUCAAAGGAAGGGAGCAAAGAUACGAUAUCAUCUAUACAUAAGCUUAGAAGUGAUGUCAAACCAAAUGCUAGAUAAGAAUUUGUCGCUCUUCAUUAUUGAAGCACGAAGGAAAGACGGGGAAAAAUGUCCACCAAGUACUCUACAUGGAGUCAUAGCCGCCAUUCGACACCAUUUGAAAAUGAGAGGGCGCGACACAAAGUUAUUCAAUGACUCCGAGUUUUCACAAUUGCGAUCGUGUCUAGAUGCUUCCAUGAAAGAAGCAGCCAGUGAAGGCUUAGGACGUUCCAAAAAACAGGCCGAAAUGAUCACCUUAAAUGAAGAGGGGCAACUAUGGAAUCAAGAUUUGCUCGGCGAUAAACAUCCCCAGCAGCUACUUAAUACUAUCGUGUACCUAUUAGGCCUUCAUUUUGCUUUACGUGGGAUCCAAGAGCACCGGAGAUUAAGAAGGAUCAAUUCCCAAAUGAGUGUUUGCAAAGACGAAAAGAGGGGCUUGAAGUUUUUAGAAUACUGUGAAGAUGUGUCAAAAACCAAUGCUGGACGUUUAAGAGAUCGCAAAGUAAAGCCAAAAUCAACUCGAGCUUAUGAACAGAAGCCCUAUCCACAAGCCUGGAGAGCAGGAUGCAUUAUAUUUGACUCCGCUCAAGCGUCCCAAGCCAAACUGUUGGUCAUCGGAGGAAUGCAGUUCGAAGCUAUAAGCGUACCUCUACAUACCAACAGAUAA